AUGCCUCCCAAGUUCGAUCCCUCCGAGGUGAAGGUCAUUCACCUCCGUGCGACCGGUGGUGAAGUUGGUGCCUCAUCCGCCCUCGCCCCCAAGAUCGGUCCUCUCGGUCUUUCCCCCAAGAAGGUCGGUGAAGAUAUCGCCAAGGCCACCGGUGACUGGAAGGGUCUCCGUGUCACUGUCAAGUUGACCAUCCAAAACCGUCAAGCCGCCGUCUCCGUCGUUCCCUCCGCUUCCUCCCUCGUCAUCAAGGCCCUUAAGGAGCCUCCCCGAGACCGCAAGAAGGAGAAGAACAUCAAGCACACCAAGUCUGUUCCUCUCGAUGAGAUCAUCAGCAUUGCCCGCACCAUGCGCUUCAAGUCCAUGGCCAAGGACCUGAAGGGUACCGUUCUUGAGAUCCUCGGAACUGCCUUCUCCACUGGCUGCAAGGUCGAUGGCCGCAGCCCCAAGGACAUCUCCGACGACAUCAAGGCCGGCGAGAUUGAGAUUCCUGAGGAGUAA